ACUACUUCGAGAUUACAUAUUGCAUAUUUCAGCACAAGUGUUCCGAUGUUUCGAUGGAUUGUGUGGUUACUGAUCGUUGCAAACACCGCAAGCAGUCCCGCUAAACUCGGAAUGUAUUGCUUUCAUGAGUGCUACAUUUAUAACUUUCAAUCGAAAGGAGACAUAUUCGCGUUUCAACACAUCUCAAAUAACUUUCAUGUGCUGAACUUGGAAAAUGUGUUGAUGAAGCGCGUUCGUCAGCGGAUCCUGGAACGAUUGCCACCGUUUGUAGAUACACUAAAGAUAGGAAACUCCAACCAACUGAAAUGGAUCAGUGUUCCGCAAGCACUGCGCAACUUACACAUCCGAUACAGCGGUUUGAGAAGGAUUGAUAUAGCUGCCAACAGCUCAUUAAGCAUAUUCCAUAUUUUUAGCAGUGACAAACUAAUGAAAGUUCCGCCUGCUAUUAAAAAUGCACCUAAGCUGCAGUACUUGAGACUGCGUGAGUGUGGCUUGCGUAAGAUUGAUUUGGCCACAUUUUGUAAUCAUGCUUACUUGAGAGAACUGCUGCUAGACAGCAAUAAGAUACGGUACAUUGUGAACACGUCGAAGAACAACUGCACUUUCUACAAUUCCUUCACUCGGCUGGUGAUGUCGCAAAAUAUGCUUACCACUGUAAAUGUGGAGCUGUUCAAUGUGUUUGUCAAUUUGAGUUCUUUAGAUUUACAAAUGAAUAGAAUUACAUCACUAUCAGGUCGGUUGGUGGCUCGCUCUUUGGAAGAAUUUGGGGUUGAUAGUAAUAAGCUCGAACAUGUAGACCUGUGCGGAUGGGAUGUGCCAUUAAUUGAUACGGCUGUAUUUGCCUCAAACGAUCUUACAACACUACCGGAAUGCUUAAAUAAUUGGACGAGUGUUUCAAAGCUUUUUCUGGAGCAUAAUAAGUUAACAAAUUUCAGCAUCGAAAGUGUAGCGGGAUGGAACAAUCUAACCAGGUUAACUUUAUCAUGCAACAAGCUUACCGAUAUUGUGUUGAGCAGUGUGCACUUUCCUAAAAAUCUUGAAUUCCUUAUUAUCGAUCAAAAUUAUCUCAGCACGCUCGAUUUGUCUUUUAUACCGGUCCGAUCGUUAAGGGUAUCAGUGAAUUUUAAUCUGAUUUCAAGUUUCGAUGUGAACAACACCUCUCCAAAUGUCACACGUCUGUCGAUGAUGGGAAACCCGGUUGACUGUUCAUGGGAAACAAAGUUGGAACAAUUGUAUGGCGAAUGCAUCAGGCAUCAUGCAUUCACUCUGGAGGCAAACCAACAAGCUAACAUUUGUAUCGCUCAAAAAGCCAAAAGGAUGAUAUAUUUAUAUAUUUAAUGUUUAAUGUGUAUUGUAUUGUCAAGGGACUGCAUAGCCCACUCGAAACUGCUAUUCUACGUAUACAUAUACAUAUAAAUACAGGACACGCAAGUUAGUGAUAUGUUGUACGGAUACGGGUAGCUAAUUCCACCGCCGUGGUACCGGGCUCGUAAAUGUCUCUAAAAGAGUUUAGCAACCGGGUCAUGCAGAUCAUGGGUUCGCGGGCACCCAAAGAAGUCCGGGGUGUCGCAAUAUCCAGCAUUGAGCGGGCACGAAGUGAUCUGGCUAAUGCAUAUAGCAGAACCCACGAGAGCAGCACAGGAUAGUGGAUACUUCCGUUAAGAAGCCCGCUGAUGAAUGCCAACCAGGUAUGCUGAAUACGGUCCUCGUGCCCUCCGCUGAAUUGACUGUAGCCGUGCCAUAGCCUGAGUAGAUGAAGGCCACCACACAAUGCAUGGGUAUUCCAGCAACGGUCGAACAAGAGCACAGUAAAGCGGCUUGAUGCACAGGGGGUCAUAGAGAGCACGCGUGAUGUUUCCAAUUAGUCCUAGCAUACGACUUAGCCAGGGGCAGUCGUCAUUGUCGUCGAGCUGUGCAUCGAAGAAGAGUCUAGCGUCUAGAUAGACACCGAGGUCUUUGGCACAAAACACUCUUUCAAGACUUAGUCCAUUUAGCAUACAGGUGUAAUGUGCAGGCGUACGCGAUCUGCUGAAUGUGAUAGCAAAAAACUUCUUGAUGCUGACAGUUAAAGCGUUCCGCUUGCACCAUGAGUCGAACUCAAUUCAAAGAUGCUUGAAGACGCUGAUGGUCUUCGGGAUUCCGGAUCUCACGGUAGAUUUUUGCAUCAUCUGCGUAGAAAAGGCAGUUGGAGUCGGCCAGUACCGAGGUCACGUCGUUAAUGUAGAACAGGAAUAGUAGGGGACCUGUGGUACACCGGAAGAAGCGCGGAUAUGUCUGGUCAGAUGUUGAACAAGUCUGACCGCGUAGCAUCGAUCGGCAAGAUAAUAUUUGAAUCACAAUACCAGGGAAGGUGGCAAACCGAGUCUAUCAAGCUUCGCAAGAAGGAUACUGUGGGAAACACAGUUACAGGCCGCCUUAAUAUCCGUAUCGAUGGUGUCCACCUGGAAGCCGUUAUCAAUGGAUCUAUGGCAAAUGCUCAUAAAUUGGACUAGGUUUGUUGUAAUGGAUCUUUUAGGUACAAAGCCGUGUUGAUUUAUGCUGAUGUAGUUGCAGGCCGAUGCUAAGAGGGGUCCAUAAAUAAAAAGCUC